CUCAUUCUCUUUGUCACUCGGACAGGGAAUCUGAAAAGCACUUGUUCUGUCCUCCUUUCUCAUUUUUUUUUUCUUAAUUUUAAAUUCUCCAUCGACCCAAAUUUAUUUAUUUAUUUAUCUUGCUUGAGAAUCUGAAAAUCAACAUGUUGUUCGUCGAUCAAAGGCAAAAGGGCUCGACGUUGAUCAUCGUCGUGUUCGUCUCUCUUCUCUUCGCGAUCUCACCAACUGAAGGGUAUGAUCCUUUGGACCCCAACGGAAACAUUACGAUCAAAUGGGAUCUCAUUGUCGGCGGCUCUGCACCCACCGUACUAGUAACAAUCACUAACCUGCAACAAUACCGGCACAUAGAGCAGCCAGGAUGGAGAAUUAGCUGGGACUGGAAAAACCAUGAAGCCAUAUGGGACAUAAGGGGGGCGGAGGCAACCGAGCAAGGCAACUGCUCCGCCUUCCUUUCCUCCUCGGCCCCGCCCCCUCAUUGCUGUCUACGUCAUCCCGUCAUCGUCGAUCUCCUCCCCGGUUCUCCCUACAACCUUCAGGUCGCCAACUGUUGCCGUGGUGGCUUUAUCUCGUCCAUGAAUCAAGAUUCUUCCAAGUUCGCUUCCUCUUUCCAGAUGAGCAUUGGUUCCUCCGAUACUGAGCCUUACGAGUUCUCUGUUCCCGAGAAUUUCACCUUGGGUGUCCCGGGUUAUACCUGUGGGAACGCUACCUCUGUUGAACCGACCAAGUUCACCGAGAAAAAUAGGCGUCACAAAAAACAGGCUCUAGCAACUUGGCAUAUUACGUGCGUAUAUUCGCAGAUUCAGUCGUCACCGGCCCCUAAAUGCUGUGUCUCGUUGUCUGCUUUCUACAACGAAACUGUUGUUCCUUGCCAGAGGUGUAGUUGUGGCUGCCAAGGUCUGUCCGGGGCCCGCUGUGUCAACAAAGGAGAGGCGCCUCAGUUGCUGCAACAGCACCAAGAUCCUACUGUGGAAGUGCCACCGGUGGUGCAGUGUACACGGCAUAUGUGCCCAAUAAAAGUCCACUGGCAUGUCAAAGUGAAUUACAGAGAGUAUUGGAGGGUUAAGGUCACGGUAACAAACUUCAACGUAAUAAAGAAUUACUCGGAAUGGAACCUGGUGGUGUUGCACCCGAAUUUGAAGAGCAUCCAACAGGUAUUCAGCUUCAACUACAAGCCCCUUCGCCAGUACGGCUACCUUAACGACACUGCUAUGUUCUAUGGGCUUCCCUUCUACAAUGAUGUAUUGCUUCAAUCAGGAGAGACUGGAAAUGUACAGUCAGAAAUUCUGCUUAAAAAGGAUCAAGGGAACUUCACCUUCAGUGAAGGUUGGGCUUUUCCCCGAAGAAUUCUCUUCAACGGUGAUGAAUGUGUCAUGCCUUCACCCGAUGACUACCCGAGGCUGCCCAACCGUGCUGCUUCCGCUGACAUUAGCCUUCUCCCCGUCUUUCUCUCAGUUCUUCUGCUAGCAUUUGUAUGAUGAAACAGUCAUCGGACCUCAUCGGAACUUCAUUCUUGAAGCUCCGGCUA